AUGGCUCCCAAUAAAUCCAAAAACAGAAAAAAGUCAAUAGUAUUGUGCAGUAUAAUUAUUGCUUCCCUUUGUGAGGACGAAGAUGUGAGGACAAGGGAAUGGUGCAAGGAGUGGUUGCAACGAAGAAAGGAAAAGGGAAGUCAUGCUACCAUUUUACAGGAACUUCGAGAUGGUGCUUAUGAAUCCGACUUUAAGAACUAUAUGCGUAUGGAUCCAAAUACCUUCUAUGAUUUAUUGGUGAUGAUAGAACCUUUCAUAUCUAAGCAAGACACAUGCAUGAGGGAGAACAUUUCCCCAGAAGCACGUCUGGAGGCAACUAUGUUGUUUCUGUCCACCGGGUGCUCCUACACUCCCUUCAGUACAGAACCAGAAUAUCAAAACAGUCUGUCUGAAAUCAUUCCUGAAACUUGUCAGGCCAUCUUUGCUGUACUCAAGGAUAAAUACCUGAAGACACCCCAAACAGCCGAAGAGUGGAGGUAUGUUGCAGAAGAUUUUCGCAAGAUAUGGAACUUUCUAAUCUGCAUUGGAGCCCUCGACGGGAAGCAUAUUCUGAUAAAGCGAACCUAUUUACAUUUAAUGGCACUCUGUGAUGCAAAUUCAAACUUCCUAUAUGUUGACGUGGGCAUUAAUGGAAGAGUAUCUGACGGGGGAGUGUGGAAUAAGUCUACUCUUUGCAUGCAUAUUGAAAAUGGAUCUGCUGGUCUUCCAGAUGAUAUCCAGCUUCCCAACUGUUCAAAGAUAUUACCGUUUGUGAUUGUAGUUGAUGACGCGUACCCACUGAAGCGCCAUAUUAUGAAACCUUUCUCUCAUCGAGAUCAAAAUCUUCAACAGAGUAUAUUCUCCUAUUGGUUGUCAAGAGCUCGAAACACCGUAGAAAAUGCUUUUGGGAGACUUGCUUAUAGGUUUCACGUCUUUAAAAGACAAAUUGACCUUGAGCCUAAAAAGCUAGAGCAAAUAGUUUUAGCCUGCACUGCACAGCAUAAUUAUCUUCACAAAGUCCCUGUUACCCCUUAUUUGUGUAUUAAUGACAAGGAUAAUCCCAUGCUAUCACUUGAGAGGCAAAAUUCCACCAUCGAAGGCACAGUAGUACGCAAUAUGUACAUGAAAUAUUUCAAUGAAGAGGGUACUGUAAUAUGGCAAUGCGGAGGUAUAUCUGCCUGA